AUGUCUUUCGAGAAGAAAUCAGUACACUUCGGCGGUGGGAACAUCGGUCGCGGCUUCGUUGCCGAAUUUCUUCACAAAUCCGGCUACGAAGUCGUCUUCGUCGAUGUGAUGGACAACCUCAUCAAGGCUCUCCAGGACGCCCCCAGCUACACGGUCACCGAGAUUAGCGACGAGGGCGAGAAGACCUUCACCAUUGACCACUACCGGGCCAUCAACAGCAAAUACAACGAGGCUGAUGUCAUCGAGGAGAUCGCCACCGCGGACACUGUGACCUGUGCCGUUGGACCCAACAUCCUGAAGUUCAUCGCUCCGGUCAUCGCUAAGGGUAUUGAGAACCGCAAGCUCGACUACCCGAUCGCGGUCAUCGCCUGCGAGAACAUGAUUGGCGCCACCGACAGCCUCCGCGGCUUCAUCGAGGGCAAGCUCUCGGACGAGACGAAGAAGAACAUCGACAGCAAAGCGCGCUUCGCCAACUCCGCCAUCGACCGCAUCGUGCCCCAGCAAGAGCCCGACGCCGGCAUGGACGUCAAGAUCGAGAAGUUCUUCGAAUGGUGCGUGGAGCUGAAGCCGUUCGAGGGGAUGCAGCGCCCGCAGAUUGAAGGCGUGCACUUCGUCGACGACCUGCAGCCGUACAUCGAGCGCAAGCUCUUCACCGUCAACACGGGCCACGCGACGGCGGCUUACACUGGCUACAACCGCGGCAAGCAAUACGUGCACGAGAGCGUGGCCGACAAGGAGAUCCACGACAUUGUGCGCAACACGCUCAAGGAGACGGCCAGCCUCAUCGUCAAGAAGCACGGCAUCAGCACCGAGGAGCAAAACGACUACGUCGAGAAGAUCGUCAAGCGCAUCUCGAACCCGGCGCUCAAGGACGACGUUGCACGCGUGGGUCGCGCACCGCUGCGCAAGCUGUCGCGCAAGGAGCGCUUCGUCGGCCCCGCCGCGGCGCUCGCUGAGAUGGGCGAGUCGGUCGACAACCUCGUCAAUGCUAUGGAGAUGGCGUUCCGCUUCCAGAACGUCCCGGGCGACGAGGAGUCUGAGGAGCUGGCUAAGACCCUCAAGGAGCACGAUGCCAAGGCCGCGACGAGCAAGAUCACCGGGCUGGAGGAGGAUCAUCCGCUGUUCAAGCGGGUUGUUGAAGUUGUCGAGAAGGUACAGAAGAGCUAG